CUCUUGAAAAAUGGCCGCAGAAACUGCAGGGGAGGCAGGGGUGUGGAGACAAACCAAAGCUCUUUUAUUCAAGAACUACCUUGUUAAAUGCAGGACUAAGAAGAGUAGUGUGCAGGAAGUCCUUUUUCCUCUAUUUUUUUUAUUUUGGCUUAUAUUAAUGAGCAUGAUGCAUCCAAAUAGGAAGUUUGGUGAGGUGCCCAACACUGAUCUUGGUACUUUAGAUCGCUCCAUGCUCUUGGACUUCAUUCUUGGAUACACACCAGUGACAAACAUGACAAGAAAAAUCAUGCAGAAAGUGUCUUUUGAAUACUUUGCAGAUGAUGUAAUUACAGAAGAAUUUUUCAGUGAAAAAGAAUUGCAAGAGGCUAGUACUGUUAACCCCUCAAAGUUUGUUGGUGUAGUUUUCAAAGAUUCCAUGUCCUACCAGCUUAGAUUCUUUCCUGGUGCGGUCACAGUGUCUUCUAUCAAUGUAGAAUCAAGAGCCAGUUGUUCUAGUUUAUCAAAGGGAUGUGAAUCUGUUACCUACUGGCACUCGGGAUUUGCAGCUCUACAAGCUUGUAUUGAUGCAGCAAUAAUACAGCUGAAGACUAAUCAUUCAGUUUGGGAAGAACUGGAAUCGACUAAAGCUGUUAUUAUGGGAGAGGCUGCUGAUAUGAAAAUCGAUUAUUUUCCUCGAGCAGUUAUUUUAAUUUACCUAGUAAUAGCUUUCUCACCCUUUGGGUACUAUUUGGCAAUUCAUAUUGUGGCAGAAAAGGAGAAGAAGUUGAAGGAAUUUUUAAAGAUAAUGGGGCUUCAUGACACCGCCUUUUGGCUGUCUUGGGUUCUACUGUACACAACUCUGAUUUUUGUCAUGUCCAUUCUCAUGGCAGUCAUUGCAACAGCCUCUUCACUAUUUCCCCAAAGUAGCUCCUUUGUGAUAUUUCUUCUUUUUUUCCUGUAUGGAAUAUCCUCAGUUUUCUUUGCUUUCAUGCUGACUCCUCUAUUUAAAAAAUCAAAGCAUGUGGGUAUAGUUGAAUUUUUGGCAACACUGGCUUUUGGUUUUGUGGGUCUCACUAUUGUCCUGUUGGAUGGUUUUCCAAAGUCUUUUGUAUGGAUUCUAAGCCCCUUGUGUCAGUGUACGUUCUUGAUUGGGAUUGCACAGGUCAUGUAUCUGGAAGAUUAUGAAGAUGGUGCAAUAUUUUCAAAUUUAAAUCACGGCCCUUAUCCACUAGUUAUUUCUCUUAUUUUACUGGUUCUGGAUAGCAUGUUUUACCUACUUCUAGCUGUCUAUCUUGAUCAGGUCAUUCCAGGUGAGUUUGGAUUACGACGGACAUCAUUUUUCUUUAUGAAGCCCUCAUUUUGGUCAAAGCGCAGAAGAAAUUACAAGGAGUUAUAUGAGAGUAGUGUUAAUGGAAGCUUAAGUUUCAGUGAGAUGGUUGAACCUGUAUCUUCAGAAUUUCAGGGAAAAGAAGCUAUCAGAAUCAGCUGUGUUCAGAAAACAUUCAGAAAAAAGGGUGAAACUGUGGAGGCUCUCAGAAGUUUAUCCUUUGACAUAUAUGAGGGUCAGAUUACAGCUUUACUUGGGCACAGUGGAACAGGCAAGACAACACUGAUGAACAUUCUUUGUGGACUCUGCCCACCUUCUGAUGGGUUUGCAUCUGUCUAUGGACACAGAAUCUCUGAAAUUGAUGAAAUGCUCGAUGUACGGAAGAUAACGGGUGUUUGCCCACAAUUAGAUAUACAUUUUGACGUAUUAACUGUGGAAGAGAAUUUAUCAAUAUUUGCACAUAUUAAAGGGAUAUCUCCCAAUGCUCUGAUACAAGAGGUGCAGAAAGUGAUGAAUGAUUUGGAUAUGCAGCCCAUCCGGGAUAACCAAGCUAAAAAAUUAAGUGGAGGGCAGAAGAGAAAGCUGUCGAUAGGAAUCGCUGUUCUUGGGAGCCCAAAGGUUUUACUCUUGGAUGAACCAACUGCUGGUAUGGACCCAUGUUCUCGGCACGUUGUUUGGAAUCUCCUGAAAAACAGACAAGCCAAUCGGGUAACAGUAUUCAGUACUCAUUUCAUGGAUGAGGCAGAUAUUCUUGCUGAUCGAAAAGCUGUGAUUUCUCAAGGGAUGCUGAAAUGUGUUGGCUCGUCUCUCUUCCUCAAAACCAAAUGGGGAGUUGGCUACCGCUUGAGUAUGCACAUAGAUGGGUAUUGCAAUACAGAAGCUACAACAGCCUUGAUCAGACAGCAUAUCCCUGGAGCCAGCUUGGUACAACAGAAUGAACUGCAGCUUGUGUAUACCUUACCUUUUAAAGAGAUGGACAAGUUUUCAGGAUUAUUUUCUGAUCUAGACACUCAUUCACAUUUGGGUGUUAUUACUUAUGGAGUUUCCAUGACAACGUUGGAGGAUGUGUUCCUGAAGCUGGAAAUUGAAGCAGAAAUUGAUCAAGCAGAUUAUAGCAUAUUUAAUUCCCAGUCAGCAGGCGAGGAAGUGGAUACAAAAUCACUUGAUGAGAUGGAACAAAGCCUACUGAUACUCUCUGAGACAAAAUCAUCUGCAGUAAGCAAUACAACUCUCUGGAAACAGCAGGUCUCUACUAUAGCAAAGGUUCACUUCCUUAACUUAAGACGUGAAAAUAAGUCAUUGGGAAUUAUGUUGUUGCUUUUUUUAGUUUUUCUUGUAGUUCAGAUUUUAAUGUUUCUUAUACAUCACUACUUCAAAAAUCCUGUGGUUCCCAUCAAACUUUCCCCAGAUUUGUACUUGCUGAAGCCUGGAGAAAAUUACUACAGGUACAAAACAAGUCUCCUCCUUCAGAACUCCACAGGAUCAAAUAUUGAUAAUCUCAUCAGUGCUCUCAGAAGCCAGAAGAUAUUGACUGAGAUGUUCAAUGACAGCGAUUACGUGUCAGCUGCACCCCACAGUGCAGCUUUAAAUGUGUCGCUUUCAGAAAAGAGCUACAUUUUUACAGCUGUAUUCAACAGUACUAUGGUGCACUCUUUGCCUGUUUUGAUGAACAUCAUUAGCAACCUGUUUCUCCACAACUUAAAUGUGACUGAGAAUAUUCAAAUCUGGAGUAACCCAUUCAUUCAAGAAAUUGAUGACACAGUUUUCAGACUGGAGGCUUUUUUUCAAGCAAUGUUACUAGGAAUCAUUGUAACGGGGGUGCCACCAUAUUUUGCCAUGGAAAAUGCAGAAAACCAUAAGAUCAAAGCUUACACUCAACUUAAGAUCUCAGGUCUUUAUCCAUCUGCUUACUGGAGUGGACAAGCAGUCAUUGACUUUCCUUUAUUUUUCAUUAUUCUUGUUCUGAUGAUAGGAAGCUUAUUUGCAUUUCAUCAUGGUGUUUAUUUUGAUACUUGGAAGUUCCUUGCUAUUAUCUUCUGCCUUAUUGGCUAUGUACCAUCAGUAGUGCUGUUCACUUACGUGCUCUCUUUCACCUUUAAAAAAGUGCAAAAUACCAAAGAAUUUUGGUCGUUCAUUUUUUCAAUGACUGCUUUGAUCUCUACUGUUGUCACUGAAGUAGCAUUCUUUAUGAGAUAUUUCAUGGUAACCACCAUUUUUCAUUAUGUCUUCUGUGCCUUCAUUCCAAUCUAUCCUCUUAUUGGAUGCCUGAUUAGUUUUAUAAAGGUAUCACGGAAACACCUACAAAAGAAUGAAAAAUACCAUGACCCCUGGGACAAACUCUUGGUAGCAGUUAUCGCGCCUUAUUUGCAAUGUGUAGUGUGGCUGUUCCUCCUGCGAUAUCUUGAAGUGAAAAAUGGAGGUAAAUCGAUAAGAGAGGACCCAUUUUUCAGAACUUCUACAAAGAUCAAAACAUGGAAAUUUCGAGAUGAUCCACAUAAUGAGAAUGAGGAUGAAGAUGUAAAGGCAGAGAGAUUGUGGGUCAAAGAAAUGACAACCUGCCAGAGCUGUGAUGAGAAACCAGCAAUUCUGGUCAGCAGUCUGCAUAAAGAAUAUGAUGAAAGGAAAGAUUUUCUUCUUGGGAGAAAAAUAAAGAAAGUGGCAACUAAACACGUCUCUUUUUGUGUAAAAAAAGGAGAAAUACUUGGAUUGCUAGGACCAAAUGGAGCUGGGAAAAGCACACUGAUUAAUAUGCUGGUGGGAGACGUUGAACCAACUGCUGGCCAGGUGCUGAUAGGAGACUAUUCUUUAGGAUUGAAUAGUGAGGACAGUUCUGCUAAAUUUGUGGGAUAUUGUCCUCAAAUAAAUCCACUUUGGCCAGAUAUUACAUUGCAGGAGCAUUUUGAAAUAUAUGGAUCUAUCAAAGGAAUGAGUAAAACUGAUGUGGAAGAAGUCGUAAAACGCAUUGCAAGGGCCCUUGAAUUGAAAGCCCAUCUACAGAAAACCACAAAGAAAUUAGCGGUCGGAAUUAAGCGCAAGUUAUGUUUUGCACUAAGUAUGCUGGGUAAUCCCCAGAUUACAUUGCUAGAUGAACCAUCUACUGGUAUGGAUCCUAAAGCCAAACAGCACAUGUGGAGGGCAAUUCGAGCAGCAUUUAAAAACAAAGAGAGAGCAGCUAUUCUGACCACUCAUUAUAUGGAAGAGGCUGAAGCUGUGUGUGAUCGAGUUGCAAUCCUGGUAUCUGGACAGUUAAGGUGUAUUGGUUCAGUUCAGCAUCUAAAGAGUAAAUUUGGCAGAGGCUAUUUCUUGGAAAUGAAAUUAAAAGAAACAGCAGGCGUACAACAGGUGGAGUGUCUUCACAGGCAUAUUUUGCACAUCUUCCCAAAUGCAUCUCAUCAGGAAAGUUUUUCCUCCAUUUUGGCAUAUAAAAUUCCUAAGGAAGAUGUACAGUCGCUCUCUCAGUCUUUUUCUAAACUGGAAGAAGCAAAACAUGCCUUUAAUAUCGAGGAGUACAACUUUUCUCAAGCAACCCUGGAACAGGUUUUUGUGGAGCUUGCUAAAGAACAAGAAGAGGAAGAUUACAGUUUUGGAACCUUAAACAGCACGCUUUGGUGGGAAAGAAGACAGGAAGAUAGAGUCAUUUUUUGAGCUCUUUAAAUACUGUAGGAUUCAAUAGAUGUACACUGCAGUUCAUGUUUGUCUGACUCUUUUGUUUUUGUUUUUGUUUUUUGUAAUGUGUGCUGAGUACUAAGAAAGCAGUUGAGAUUGAGAAAAAUAUCUGACUUGAAAAACAAAAAUAAUAUUUGGAAACUUUGGAAACUAUUUCCCCUUCCUGGCCUUAUCCAUCAAUAUUAUGCAAGUGUGGGAGUGCCUUUAUUUGUGAGGACUCUCAUUGUUAGCAUAUAAUUUGUCUGUUUUUUUUUAAUUUCUGAUCCACUCGCCUUACUCUGUCCUGUUUUGAAGCGAAAUGAUAAAUAACAAUUUAGUUCUUUAUAAUUUCCUGUUUGUUUUGGUCAAUCUGUGCGCUAUGCUUCUAGAAACUCCAACCUUGAGCUUGUUCAGCUGUUCAGUAUGUGAUAUCAGUAUAUAAUUGAUUAACUCCAGGAUCAAACUUCUGCCUUGCUUAUCUUUCAAGAGGCAGCUUCCACCAAACGCAGGGGUCCACAGAACCAGGACAGCAGCACUAGAAAAGAGUCACACAAGCAGAAGUCAGCAAAGAGGAUAUAGCAAUGCCAGAAGUCAAUGACUUAUCUGAGUUGGAGUAAACAUGUAGCUAUAAGGUGGAUGUUCAAAGAAGGUCAGUUUUGAGCUUUAACUGCCUGAUCGUGUCCUGGUAAACUUUAUUGUCACAUCCUCUGCAUACAAUUCCAGUUAGCCUACAUUGCUAUACAGACUUAACUGCCUGAUUCCAGGAUUCAUCGUGGAAUAUGAUGCUGGUUAGUUUAGCCUAAAUUGUUUAUAUGAUACCAAAUACCAAUACCUAAAAUUCAGUUAAUUUGUAUGCUGUCUUUAAAUUCCCGUUGGAUCGUGCUGAUCAAAAUCCUGAUGCUACUGUUUGGUACGUAUAUUUCAGGUCAACGCUCCUUAUCCAAAAUAAUCAGUUUGGUACAACAGUGCCUCCAUUAUGGCUCCUGCUCCAUCACCUAAAUUCUUGAGUUUAUUUGCUGUAUCUCCGUUUUAAACUCCUUCUCUUUGUGCCAUAUGUGGACUUUAGUAUCCAGAUGACCAUAUUUGUUAGUCUCUUCUCAUCAUAAUGUUCCUCUAGUCCUAUGCUGCUUCAGAAUAUGUAACUUGUGUAUUUUAACUAAUCUUUGCUUUUUCCCUUGUUCUCUGCCCUCUUCUGGGCUAGCAUCUCCCCGACUGAUCAGUAGGCACAUGAUCUAUAGCAGUGGUUCUCAAACUUUGGUACUGGUGACCCCUUUCACAUAGCAAGCCUCUGAGUGCGACCCCCCCCCCUUAUAAAUUAAAAACUCGUUUUUAUAUAUUUAACACCAUUAUAAAUGCUGGAGGGAAAGCAGGGUUUGGGGUGGAGGCUGACAGCUCGUGACCCACCCAUGUAAUAACCUUGCAACCCCCUCAGGGUUCCCGACCCCCAGUUUGAGAACCCCUGAUCUAUAGCAUAGUGAUGAGGGACACCGCUGUCACUUCACAAACUUGCUUGGAAGUUGGCCUUUUGCUUUAAUAAAAGAUACGGGGGGAAAGGAAAUUCAACAUUCAUCACUAAAUAGGGGCCCUAAAUUAUAUAAUAAACUUAGCUUGAGAUCCACUCAACAUAAAAAUAUUUACACGUUAGUAUAAUAUGGCACGUGGUUAACCGUUAUGUACCUUUUUAAUGCAAAUUGGCAGGUGUAACUCUAAUCAAGUUACCUUUGCAGGUUGCAUAAACAUUUAUAAUGCAUGCACUUGUAAGUUUAAAUGUGGUUUGCAAAGGUGGAUAGGUUCCUUUCAGUCUAUAUUUGUAACAGCAUGAGCACCAAAUGAAUAUAUCUUUAUGGAAUUUGCAUAAAUGUGAGCAUUUCUAGUUAUAUUCUUUGUUAAAACAACCUGUUUUAUUGAACACGUGUUCUAACACAUGUUUAAAAGGCAUUUCUUUAGGUGUGUUCAUUUUUUGUCACAGCGAAUUUACAGGCUUAUGCACCAAUACUCUCUAAUCUAUCUUUUUUGCGAUAGUAAUGAGGCAAUGCAAUACCAUGUCCAGUUCACUAACAGUGCUUUCUUAUUUCUAUCAUGCUCGUUUUCUCUCACCAUAAAUCAAAAAGAGUAAGCGCCAAAUGCAGAUAUUAUCUUGUCACUAAGAAUACUUUUGUUUGCUAUCUGGCAAAAUUAUUCUCUGUAGAAGAAAUAAGAGAGCCCAUGUGUGGUUCUACAUCCUCAGAUCUGAGAGCAAAUAUUCAUCCUGUUUGUGGUUUCAAAGAAAAAAAAUUUUGAUUUAAAAUUGAAAGAAUUGAUUAAUCUAACUGGCUAUUUAAUCUGAGCUUUUUAGAAUCAAAAUUCAGGUUUUUGAACAAUUGCUUGCAUUGUAGAAUGUAUUAAUUGAAAUGUAUUGUGCAAAUACUCUGUAUAUCUGAAGACACAUGGCACAUAAGACAUAUCAGUUAUGUAUUUAUCUUAAGAUUAGAAAAUUCCUAUCAUCUUCCUUUCUGAAAUGUUCAAAACUAUGCUAUAAGGCAAAGUUUUAUGCUCCCAAACAUUGUGUACCAUUGGGCAAUAAUUAAUGUAAAAUUGAUUGAUGUGCUUAAUUCUGUUUGUGUAGGCUCCCAUUUAUUUCAGUGCAAGUCUUAUAAUUGACAGUGGGGGCAGGAAUGAGCCCGAUAUAUGUAUAGGUUUUGCUUCUUUCUCUGUACAUCUAGGAUUGCAUGGAAUUAUGUGGAUCUUGUUUUCUUACAUGUUGCCCUUGAGCCUGUGAAUCCCACUUAGACCUUGAUAUCCUGCAUGGUGCUGCGAUCCCUCUGCUGAGUGGGAAGGGAGAGGGUGCAUUACCUUUCAGGAGCUGGUAUACAGUCAAUCUGUCCACUUGAAUAAGCCAUAUAUAGUGGAACCAUCUUGCACUGAAAUGUGGAGUAAUGUAACUCAGUUUAUAUUGAAAUAGAAUGAUUAUCUGCUGAAUUGUUUUAAGGCACUGACUGGGCCAAAUUCUGCUCUGUUACACUGAUGCAAUCCCAUUGCUAUUGUUGUAAUGUAUUUAUUUAACAUUUAUAUUGCAGUAGCAUCUAGAGACUGAUGCCCCAUUAUGCUGGGUGCUGUACAACUGUAUAGUAAAUGAGCUUACUACUGACUUAAAUCAGUCGAUUGAAUAGCAGUGACAGAGCAGACGUUUGUUCCAUUUAAUAAGAAAGUUUCUCUGUAUUUAUAACAAAGAUGAGGCUGAGAAUAAUAAUUACCCAGAGCUUGUGUUGAUGUGGUGUCUUUAUCCCAUUUAUCCUACAUAUCUGUCUUACUCUGGUACUUUCUUUAUCACUACAUGAUACCCCCAUUACCUCUGACUUCAUAUCUACUGACAUCAAAUCCCGUUGCUUACACUCUUAGGGUCUGAUCCAAAACCCAUUAAAUCAAUGUACGUAGUAGGAGCCUUUCCAUUGACUUCAGUGACCUUUAGAUCAGGAUCAUGCCCUUCGCAUCAGAUCAAUGUGAAUGAGUAAUAACCUGCACUACACAUUCAUUAUGUGAAUAAAAUGUAAUGCUUAUGCCUUAUAUCUUGCCAACAUAGUAUUAUUUUGUUGCUUUUUAUCAUCUUAAAGUAAACCUAUUAUAUAGACUAACUUUACUUUUAUAUAAGCAUUGGGUAGUGUUUGCACUCUUAUUUGGUUAAUAUGAGAAAUCUGAUGUAGCAUUGUUUCACUUUUUUCACAUUCAAAUACAUUUUGAAAUAUCAUAAAUCUAGUUAACUCUCUCACACUGGCACAUUCAAUACAUACCCGCUGCCAGUAGCAGAUAUAAUAGCUUCAGAAAAACACAAUUGGCCGAAAAGGAUUGGAAAAACUUAAACAUAAUAUUGAAUCUUUUCUUUCUCCAAAAGAUCAUAGAUAAUAGACUUAGGGAGAUCCUCCAUCCUCCUGCCUUUUGGGGAAGUAGGACAUUUGUCUUAUUCCCAGAACCAAAUUUUCUCCAGACUGUACAGGUUAAAUUCCCUUAUCCUUAUCCACAAACUUAUACAUGCUAAUUUUGACCUUCAUGCUCCCUAGAGUUUAACAAUAUUAUUCUUCGGGAUGAAGUGCCCCAAAUUGUAGAGUGGCCUUAUUUUGCCUAGUCUCUAAACUCAUGUCAUUUAGGUCACUUCUGCCUUUCACUGUGUUCAGAAUUACUCCAACAUGGUGUCAUCUAUAUUAUUAAUGUACAGUUUGCUCUUUCUUCUGAUGUAUGAAAAUACUGUGUUUGCCAGGUUAGGACCCUUUGUUAGACUUGAUGCCUCUUUCCGGUUUGACUCUCUUUCAUAAAUAAUUCCUCUGUUGAGCUACAACCGUUCAAACAGUUUUGUAUUCUAUCAUAAUAGCCAAAUAACAUUGUUCUGACUUUUCUAAUGGGGUUUGAUUUUCUAAUAGGUUUGUCUCUAACAUUUCUAUCGAAGGCUUUAUUAAAAUCUAGGAGAAAUGUGUGCAGAAUUGUUCUCAUCUACACUGCAGUAACCCUAUUGAUGGUUACUCUGAAUUUACACAGAUGUAAGUGAGAGCAGAAUUUGCCCCAUAAAGUCCACUACAUAUCUGGUGCCUAAUAGAGCUCAAAAACAGAGAAAAUUAUACGGAAGAUCAGAUAUAUCGAAAUACAAGGAAAGACAAUUUAUAUCAGCUUAAAACUUUAGGACUAAAAUGUUACAUUUGUGCUCUGUGGCUUUUGUUGGUAUUUUACUAUAAAUAAUAAACUCAACCCAAACUGUACAUAAUAGAGAAGUAAUACAUGACCUCAGAUGACAGUUUAACAGGAAGCCAGGUAGUUGUGGAUUCUUGUUCCAGGUCUGAUACUGAUAAUGCUGGGUGACCUUGGGCAAUUAACUUAGUUCCCCGUCUAUAAAACGGGUAUCAUAAUACUUAUCUACCUCACAGGGAUGUUGUGAGGAUCAAUUAGUAAAAGUGUAUACAAAACUUUAAAGAUAAAAUUGCUUUAGUAGUAUUAUAAGGAUGUAUUUUUGUAUUGGAGUUCUAAUAACUCAGAUUUUGCUCACAUUAUCAUGAGAAAUCCUUAUUUAAAAUAUAUUGUACAGUUGCAUGUAGUUUAUCUAUAUGAUAUGUGCUCUAUUCUUUCGUAGCAGAAAUAAUUUUUAUUUAAACAUUGUUAGCAUUCUUUUAAUGCACAUCCUGAUAUUAGUCAUAUGUUAUCAUGGGCAUUUAUGUUGUUUAAUUUUGUACAUAGGUUUAUUUUUCUUUUAUCAUUUUGCUGUAUUUGUAAAACAAUUAGCAAUUCUUUUUGUUUUUCCCAAUAGAAAGUGCUGUUGAAAUAAAGAUGGAUUGGAUUGCUAAUGCUCA